AUGAAACCAUUCCUCGCAGUUCUUGUCCUUGCUUUUGGGGUAGUCUUACCUGCUAACGCCCAAAACCAAGGGGUCACCACCACACUGCUUGAUCAGCUCAUCAGAGUCGCUACUAUUUGCAUGUCCACCUAUGCAGGUGGCUUUUGUCUCGCCCCAAACGGGAUUAGAAAGGUUGCGGAUAUCACCAACACUGCAACCGAUGUUCAUGGCUGGAUACUCCGCGACGACAACGAGAAGGAAAUCAUCGUCGUUUUCCGCGGCACGCUGAGCCUUGAAAACUACAAUUCGGACACAAAUUAUACACUGGCCAACUUUGAUACAUAUCCCGACUGUACAGGCUGCCAGGUUCAUGGGGGCUAUUACUUGCUAUGGAGUUCUAUUUAUGAGAAUGUCCAAUCUCUGAUACAGGAUCAGGUUUCCUCAUAUCCAGACUACGGACUUGUCAUCGCUGGGCAUAGCCUAGGUGGUUCUCUCGCUGCGCUCGCGGCUGCACAAUUUUCAUCCACUUUCGACAAUAUUACCGUGUACACAAUGGGUGAACCUCGGACCGGCAAUCCAGCCUUCGCUGCCUUCAUCAACAACGUGUAUAAAACUUCUAGCCCUAGCACUACAAGAUUCUACCGGUGCACCCAUACAGACGAUGGAGUCCCACACGUCCCGCCGCAAAGCGAUGGUUACCUCCACCACGGGCUCGAAUAUUAUACUGUUGACCCAACAGACACAGGCACGACGUACAUAUGUGGAGAUGAUACAACAGAAUGCAAUGGGAAGUACAAUACGUCGGGGAUUAAUGUCGCUCAUCUGACUUAUUUCGGUCGUACUGUUAUCAUAGGAGCAAAGUGUGUUUAA